UCCUACUGCAAACUGUCAAUUUUGACAGAACUACUGUCACAAAAUUGAAGUUUUGACGUUAUCAACAUUGGUCGAAUAAACAUGGGUUCAACAUUAUCGUGUGUUGGGAGGGUUCCAUCAGCGGAAAGAGUGGAGUAUGAUUUGACUCCUCUGCAAAACAAAAAUCUACCGAUAAUAUGGAUGGCUGGACAGCAGAAUGUGGGUAAAAAAACUCAUGGAAACCUCAUAAAGGAAAAAUAUAGCUUCGAAAUUCUAAAUACUACGGAUUUAUUACGGCGAGAAGCAGAGAAAGAAACAAAAAGGGGAUUUCUUGUGAAGGCUGCCCUCGCGGCUGAUAAAAAUGUUAAUGACCGAAUAGUCAUCGACAUAUUGAAAGAAGCCCUUCUGGAAUCGAACAAUGACAAAGGAUUUGUGAUCAGCAACUUCCCGAAGAAUUCCAAGCAAGCUGAAUUAUUCAUGAAAGAGAUCGGAAAUGUUUCUUUCGUUUUCUACUUAUUCUCGGACACCACAAUUCUUAUCGACCGGGCGCAGAGAAGGUCUUCAGUUGAACUAGACGAAGAUACACUCCGCAGAAACAUUGCUUCUUCGUCUCGGGAUAUCAAAGCUGGUCUAGGAAAAUUCAUCAUGAAAAUUGAGGGAAUCAAUACUAGUGGCAGACCCGAAGAAGUAUUUUCGAAAGUGGAAACUGCUCUCAUCCGUAGACUAAACACAAAUCGUCCUAUAGUAACAGAAACGGAUUAUGUACGACCACAAGAAGAAAACGAAGAGAGUGAACAAGAAGUUAACGAAGAAAUGACAGAAAUUGGUCAUGAGAGCAAGAUGGAACAGGUACCACUGGCUGAACCGGAACAGGUACCUUUGCCUGAACCGGAACAGGCACCACUGUCUGAACCAGAACAGAUACCACUCCCUGAAUCGGAAUCGAUAAUAGAAAAGGAUGAAGAGAGUUCUGUAACCUCCGAUUCGGAUUUAUUCUGACAGACAUAUCCUCAAUUGAGCAACCGAUUUUCAUAAUAGACAUAUCCGUUACAUGUAACAAACGAAUAUAAUUUUAAUUUAUCACAAAA